AUGGAAAAUGCGCCAAACAGUAACCCCUAUUCCAUUUUGAAGGUAGAACCAAAUUGCAACAUAGAAACUGCAAAGAGACAGUUUAAAAAGUUGGCUAUAAUUUACCACCCGGAUAAGUUGAAUUAUCACCGAAAUAAGGAACGCAAGGGGGUGGAGGCAAAUGAAAAAAAUAGGACCGAUGAAACCAGUGCUCUGGGAAUUGUCCCAAUAAGGGAGCAAAACCAAGGGGAUAAAGAAGAGGACAAAAAUAACGCCAAAAAAGACAAUGUCGAUUUUGUCACCCUGGUAUGGGCAUAUGAACAAAUUUUGAAAGACAUUCAACAUGGUAGCAAAUCCGAAAAAUACGAGAAUGCCCUGAACAUCAAAAAGGUGGAUUUGCAAUAUAUUAGCGAGGAAAAUGCUUACAUUUAUUUCUGUCGGUGCGGGGACUUUUUCCUUUUCGCCGAAAAUCUAUAUUGCGAGUAUUAUGUCAUCUAUGCAUGCCAGAGUUGUUCCUGCUCGGUUUAUCUAACUCCCUAA